CCGACAGCUAUGGGCCUCAAGGCAGCUGCCUCGCUUCUUGCUUUGCCUGCGUUUCCUACGGCUGCCCGUCUGCUGGCGGCUUGUGUCGCGCUGCGGUUCCAGUAAAACCAUAAACAUGAAGAAAUUAAAGCUUAAAGAACUGGAAAGCUGUCUUCAACAAGUUGAUACUUUUGAAAAUCCAAAGCUACUCCUUGAACAGUAUCCAACAAGACCUCAUAUUGCAGCAUGUAUGCUUUAUACAAUUCACAAUACUUUUGAUGAUAUUGAAAACAAAACAAUUGCAGAUUUAGGAUGUGGUUGUGGCAUGCUCAGCAUUGGAAGUGCAAUGUUAGGAGCAGGAUUCUGUGUGGGCCUUGACAUAGAUGCAGAUGCACUGGAAAUAUUUAAUAGCAAUAUUGAAGACUUUGAGCUGACGAAUGUCAACAUGGUUCAGUGUGACAUCUGUUCUCUAUCUGACAGCAUGCCAGAUACUUUUGACACAGUUAUUAUGAACCCUCCGUUUGGUACCAAGCAUAACAAAGGAAUUGAUAUGAUUUUUCUGAAAACUGCUCUACAAAUGGCAAAAACAGCUGUAUAUUCCCUUCACAAAACUUCAACACGAGAACACAUUCAAAAGAAAGCAGCAGAAUGGGAAGUGAAGAUGGAAGUCUUAGCAGAACUUAGGUUUGACUUACCAGCAUCAUACAAGUUCCAUAAGAAGAAAUCAGUUGACAUUGAAGUGGAUUUCAUAAGAUUUUCUGCCAAAAAAGUCCUGAACUGAGGCAUGUAUUUAAAAUCUAUUGAAAAUGGAACAAUAAACCCACUAAUUUUUUAAAUUC